UGGGAAAUGGCUAUAGCUCCUCACACGCAGCCAGAAAUUUGAAGGAAACACAAACAUGUUGUCACUAAUGGAUCUCGUGAGAACUCUCUGUUCCAGAAUUGUUCACCAGUUCAUCCACAAAGACUUCCACGAAGCCGUUUCCAGGAUGACCAUCAUCGAUACCUUUCUGUUCCUCAUUGUGCACUCCAUCGACAAGAUGGGGAUAUGGCCACGCCUGCCAGUGUUCCUGGGCCUGUUUUACCUGGGAAUAAGGAGGCAUCUUCACCAACAAUACAAUCUGAUCAACGUCGGGAGGACUCCAGUGGGCGUGAGGUUCAACCCCCUCGAUGUCCCCUUCCGAACUGCCGACGGCAAGUUCAACGACCCCUUCAACGACGGAGCUGGAAGCCAAGGAUCUUUCUUCGGCAGGAACGUCCUCCCUGUUGAGCAGAAAAACAAGCUAUUGAAGCCGGACCCCAUGGUGGUGGCCACAAAACUUCUGGCACGCAGAACUCUGAAGGACACCGGGAAGCAGUUUAAUGUGAUCGCAGCUUCCUGGAUUCAAUUCAUGAUUCAUGACUGGAUCGAUCACUUGGAGGAGACCAACCAGAUGGAACUAAGUGCGCCGAGGGAAGUUGCAAGCCAGUGCCCACUCAAGUCUUUGAGAUUUUACAAGACCAAGGAAGUCCCAACUGAUUUCUACGACAUCAAGACCGGUGCUGUAAACAUUCGUACACCCUGGUGGGACGGAAGCGCCAUAUACGGGAGGAAUGCAAAGGUGCUGGGGAGAGCGAGGACAUACAAAGACGGGAAGCUAAAGGUAUCCAGAGACGGGACCCUUCUCCACACCGACGACGGAAUCGCCAUCGCCGGUGACGUCCGUAACAGCUGGGCCGGCAUCUCCACCCUGCAGUCCCUCUUCAUUCAAGAGCACAAUGCCGUCUGCGAUGCUCUCAAGAGGGGAUACCCAGAUUUGGAAGACGAGGAUCUUUAUCGCCAUGCUAGGCUGGUAACUGCAGCUGUCAUCGCCAAGAUUCACACCAUUGAUUGGACCGUCGAACUCCUCAAAACUGACACCUUACUUGCCGGCAUGAGGGCUAACUGGUAUGGAUUACUGGGAAAGAAAUUCAAGGACACGUUUGGGCACGUGGGAGGAGCUAUCUUGGGAGGAUUUGUGGGGAUGAAGAAACCGGAUAACCAUGGGGUUCCGUACUCUCUCACCGAGGAAUUUGUGAGCGUCUAUAGGAUGCACUCCCUGCUACCCGAUACCCUCAAGCUCAGAGACAUCUCCGCCGCUCCGGGACCCAACAAAUCUCCCCCCUUGAUUAAAGAGAUUCCAAUGCCGAAUUUGAUCGGCCUGCCAGGAGAGAAGACCUUAGGAGAGAUAGGGGUUGCAAGGCAACUAGUAUCCAUGGGCCACCAAGCCUGUGGUGCUCUUGAGCUCUGGAAUUAUCCAGUCUGGACGAGAGACCUGGUAGCACAGAACAUGGACGGCACCGAGAGGCCCGAUCACGUGGACCUACCAGCUCUUGAAAUAUACAGAGACAGAGAGAGGAAUGUGGCGAGGUACAACCAGUUCCGGAGGGGGAUGCUGUUGCUGCCAAUCACAAAAUGGGAGGACCUGACGGACGACAAGGAAGCGAUAAAAGUAUUGGAAGAGGUGUACGGGGACGACGUGGAGGAGCUGGAUACACUGGUGGGUCUCAUGGCAGAGAAGAAGAUCAAGGGUUUUGCCAUCAGCGAGACCGCCUUCAUCAUAUUCCUGCUUAUGGCAUCCAGGAGGUUGGAGGCAGACAGGUUCUUCACGAGCGACUUCAACGAGGAAACGUACACGAAGAAGGGGCUGGAAUGGGUGAACACAACGGAGAGCCUGAAAGACGUGCUAGACCGUCACUACCCAGAAAUGACGCAUAAGUGGAUGAACUCGUCGAGCGCUUUCUCGGUCUGGGAUUCUCCUCCCAACAGUCAUAAUCCCAUCCCCCUCUACCUGCGUGUUCCCCAUUAAGUGCGUUUUGUUUGGGCCCUGUUACUGGAUCCUUCGCUUGGUUCCCUUUGGGUUGGGUUGUGUUUAAUAAAAGCCUGCUUGUACUUGAACUUCUGAAUAUAUUUCUAAUGUACUGUUUAGCUCCCAUUGAAAUGUGAAUUUUAUAUUUGGAAUA